CAGGAGGCAACUUCUGAAUGGCUGCAGGAGGAGGAGGAGAGAAGAUGACCAGAUCAUGAGCAGAAGCAAAAGGAAAUAGUUGAGAUAUCAGCCAAUGAGAGCUCUGCAGCAUCACGUGAAAACAGUUGCCAUUGAAAAGCAACAGGAAAAGCAUCCAGGACCACGAAUGGAUAAAUCCAUUCUGUCUGGAGAAAGCUUCCAGGGCUUAUGUGAAAUCCUAGCCAAGGAGGAGACUGGGAAGGAUGAAGUACAAAGGACGUUCGUUGAAGAUGAGAAGAGUUCACACAGGACUGCAUAUAUUAAAAUCAACACAGAAAGGAAACCAUAUCAUUGUUCAGACUGUGGAAAGUCUUUCAGUAUGAAUGCUCAUCUUAUUAGUCAUCAGAGAACCCACACCAGGGAGAAACCAUAUGAAUGCUCAGAGUGUGGGAAAAGCUUCUCUCAGAAAGGGCACCUAGUGGUCCAUGAGAGAAUCCAUGCAGUUGAGAAACCAUACAAGUGCUCAGAAUGUGGGAAGUCCUUCUGUAAGAACGCCGAUCUCAUCAGACACCACCGAACCCAUACUGGGGAGAAGCCAUACGAAUGCUCAGAAUGUGGGAAAUCCUUCCGUAUGAACGCUGACUUUAUUCGACAUCACAGAAUGCACAUAGGGGACAAAAUGAAUGAAUGCUCAGACUGUGGGAAGAGCUGCAGUACGAAAAGCCACCUGGUUGCUCAUCUGAGAAUGCACACAGGGGAGAAGCCCUUCACCUGUGCCGUCUGUGGGAAAAGCUUCUCUCAGAAAGGAAACCUUGUGAUUCAUGAGAGACUCCAUGCUGAAGAGAAGCCAUACAAAUGCGCAGAAUGUGGGAAGUCCUUCUGUAAAAACGCCGAUCUUACAAGGCAUCACAGGAACCAUACCGGGGAGAAACCAUAUCAAUGCUCAGUGUGUGGGAGAUCUUUCAGCAUGAAUUCGGAUUUCAUCCGACAUUACAGGACCCACACGGGAGAGACGCAGUACAAAUGCUCUGAGUGCGGCAAAAGUUUCAGUAAAAAAUGCAACCUGGUUACGCACAUCAGAAGCCACACUGGCGAGAAGCCAUAUAAAUGUCUGGUCUGUGGGAAAAAGUUCUCCUUAAAAGGCAACCUAGUUGCCCACGAGAAAACCCACACAAAAGAGAAGCCCUGUAAAUGCUCGGAUUGCGGGAGGUCCUUCAGCGUGAACUCCAAACUCAUUGAACAUCAGCGUCUUCACACGCGAGAGACGCCCUACAAAUGCUCGGAUUGCGGCAAAAGCUUUCGCUGGAUUGGAAACUUUAUGGCGCAUAUACAGUUCCACUCAGGAGAGAAGCCGUAUGAAUGUUCACUCUGUGGAAAGUCCUUUAUUAUCCAGCAUGACCUCGUUAGGCAUCAAAGAACCCACACCGGAGAGAAACCAUAUGGAUGUUCAGAGUGCGGGAAAACUUUCAGUCAGAAAGGCAGCCUCGUGGUCCACGAGAGAAUUCACACGGGAGAGAAGCCGUACAAAUGUGCCGAUUGUGGGAAAGGCUUCAAUCUCAGCUCCUGUCUCCUUAGGCACCGGCAAAUCCACACACGAGAGAAACCGUUUCAGUGCACAAAUUGUGGGAAAAGAUUCGGCGUAAGUUCACGCCUUUUACAGCAUCAGCAAACCCAUACUAGAGAAUGGCUACACAAGAGCCCAGACUGAGGGCAGAAUUUCACAUAGGAAAAAGCCCUU